UAAACGGAUCAUGACGAUUUAGGGGAGCGCAGAGCGGACGCACCAGCGCAUUGACUUUGGACUUUGUCAUCAGCGUUUAUAGUGGUUAUCUGGGAAAAUAUAUAUGUUACUUGCCUGUGACACCUUCAACACGUUUGUUUCAUUUUGCGGUCGAUGAUUAGUUGGAAUAUUGUUUGACAUGGAAUUAAAUUAACUGUAGCCUAAUAUGUUGAAUGCUAAUUGUGCAUUUCAGUGCUCGAGUAGGCUCGACUACCCGAUAGAGCUGCUCACUCUGUAAAUCUUUUUCGAUGUUGGAACGGUCAGCACAGGAUAAGGACAUGGACGACUUCAGACGGGUCGCCUUCCGGAGAAAACCCCGAACUUUUGGCGAAUCUGACAUGGAGCAUGAUGAAUAUUCAGCUCUAAGCAGCAGUCCCAGUGAACGCGGCAGCGGCCCCCGCAGUACGACAGUCAGUCGGACAGGUCUGUGUGGGAAGAGUCCCAGUGAGAAGAGCAGGAGGGGUGUCAAUGGAAGAGGCUUGGCCAGCAGGCCCUUUCUGCAGCCCAAACCACAAGUGCCUCCGAAGCCAGUGCACCUCCAGAGCCAGGUGACGGUGCCUGCUGGCCCCCUGCUGGCGCUGGGGCGCGUGGAGAGAGGACUCUUCAGAGCCACCAUGGAGGAGGGAGGAGGAGGGGCGGUGACUGGGAAGAGCCGGGAAAAACCCUCCAAAGUCUUGGACCUCAUCAACCACUUUGAGGAGAACAGCCAGUCGGAAACCAAGAGGGAGGGCUCGCCACUGAAGCAGCUUAGCAAGUCCCCCCUCUGCAGUCCGGCUCACUGGUGCUACCAGAGACAGUGUGAGCGCAAACAACAGGACAACAACUUAGGCUCUGUCCCAGGAACGCCACAGGAUGCUCACAAACCAGCGGCUAACGGGGUGCUAGCCCAGAUGGACAGAGACAGGGACAGGGAGAGUGGAUCCCCCCUGAGAACAGACACUGCCCUGGUGAAUGGGGACAUGGGGGACAGGAGCACAGAGCAGAGUGGGGAUAACUCCCCAGAGACAGAGACCCAUACCGAGACAGAGACCCAUACCGAGACAGAGACCCAUCCCGAGACAGAGACCCAUCCCGAGACAGAGACCCAUCCCGAGACAGAGACCCAUCCCGAGACAGAGACCCAUACCGAGACAGAGACCCAUACCGAGACAGAGACCCAUACCGAGACAGAGACCCAUACCGAGACAGAGACCCAUACCGAGACAGAGACCCAUACCGAGACAGAGACCCAUACCGAGACAGAGACCCAUACCGAGGAGGACAGUGAACCUACAGGAGACCCCCAACCGGAACAAAGGAAGGAGGAGGCCAUUGUAGAGCAGAAGGUACCGGAGACCAACGAACAGAAGCUGCACAAGAUUGCCAAUGAGCUCCUGAAGACGGAGAGAGCCUACGUCACACGGCUCAACCUACUGGACCAGGUGUUCUGUGCCAAGCUGAUGGAGGAGGCUCUGAAGGGCACGUUCCCUGUGGACGUGGUGAAGAACAUCUUCUCCAACAUCUCCUCCAUCAACACCUUCCACAGCCAGUUCCUGCUGCCUGACCUGGAGAAACGCAUGGGAGAAUGGGAGUCCACCCCUCGCUUGGGGGACAUCCUGCAGAAGCUCACGCCCUUCCUGAAGAUGUACGCAGAGUACGUGAAGAACUUUGACAAGGCCAUGGAGCUGCUGAAACAGUGGACGGACCGCUCUCCACAGUUUAAAGCCAUCAUCCAGGACAUACAGAGUCAGGAGGCAUGUGGUUGUUUGACGUUGCAGCACCACAUGUUGGAGCCGGUACAGAGAGUUCCCCGUUACGAGAUGCUGCUCAAAGACUACCUGAAGAAACUGCCUCAGGAUGACCCCGACCACCGAGACGCAGAGAAGUCAUUGAACAUCAUCGCCAUGGCAGCCACACACUCCAACAGUGCCAUACGAAAAUCUGAGAAUCUGAAGAAGCUGCUGGAGAUCUAUGAGAUGUUAGGGGAGGAAGAGGAUAUCGUCAACGCCUCCAAUGAGUUCAUCAAGGAGGGACACAUCCUGAAGCUGGCUGCCAGGAACACCUCGGCUAUGGAGAGAUACCUCUUCCUGUUCAACAACAUGCUGUUGUACUGCGUGCCCAAGUUCAGCCUGGGAGGGCCCAAGUACACAGUACGCACCCGCAUCGGCAUCGAGGGCAUGAAGGUUCUAGGGACCACCAACGAGGACUACCCCCACACCUUCCAGGUGUCUGGCAAGGAGAGGACCCUGGAGCUGCAGGCCAGCUCUGAACAAGACAAGGACAAUUGGAUAAAGGCUUUUCAGAAGACCAUUGAGAUCUUCCAUCAGAAGAAUGAGACGUUCAAGUCAGCCUCCAAAGACGUGUUGACGGCAGAGCUGGGGAAACGUGCCCCUCGCUGGAUACGGGACAAUGAGGUGACAAUGUGUAUGAAGUGUAAAGAGUCCUUCAAUGCUCUGACACGACGGAGACACCAUUGUCGAGCCUGUGGCUAUGUUGUGUGUUGGAAGUGCUCAGACAACAAGGUGGCCCUGGAGUACGACAGCAACAAGAUCAACAAGGUCUGUAAGGACUGCUACUCCAUCCUGACUGGAGAGGAAAAGGCCGAGGGCAAGAAGAAGGGUAUUCUGGAGAUUGAGGCGGCCCAGUUCUCCGGCAGCAGCAUCAUGUGUGGCUUCCUGCAGUACUGUGAGAAGAACAAGCCCUGGGGGAAGGUGUGGUGCCUAAUCCCAGAGAAGGAGGCAUUAGUUCUCUACCUCUACGGAGCGCCACAGGAUGUGAAGGCCCAGUCCACUAUCCCUCUGCUGGGUUACUCUGUGGAAGACAGCCCCCGGCCUGCCGACCUUCCAGCCAGCUUCCGUUUGUCACAGUCCAAAUCAGUCCACAGCUUCGCGGCCGAGAGCGACGAGCUGAAACAGCGCUGGCUCAAGGUGAUCCGGGUGGCCGUGACUGGGGAGGUGCCCGAGUGCCCCCCUCCCAACGAUGCCACGGGCACCAUGGCCAUAGAUGGCGCCCAGGAGACGACCUCAGACAGCUGAAGAUUGCCAGAGACCUAUGUGCAUUAUGCACACACCACUCCCAUGCUACCCUCAUGGACACACACAGUGUGGAAACUCAGUGCUAGAUAAGCUGCCUUCCCUUGCCAAUCCACACCUCUCUUCCUUCCCUGAGUGGAUUCUACCAAUCAUAAGCGAGGGCAUGAUUGGAUCUCACAGCUCCAGCAAUAGAGCUGUGCAUUCCAAUCAUCAUUAGAGUGGAGCAAGGAGGAGGGGACCUCAGGACGGUCACUGCUUCACUCAGACAGACAGGCACUAUUCAGGACAACCUGCCUGGGGCAUCUUGUACACUGAGGACACUAAGGUCCUCAGGCUUUACUGGGGAUGCCUGCAGGCCCAACAGAUAUCCUCCAGCUUCAUAGACAUGAGUCUAAUGAUGUGAAUCAAGAGACUGGCUGUCAGGAUUGGGGUCAAUUCCAGAAGUACACUGAAAUUCCAAUUGGGAAUAUUUGGAAUUGGACGAACCCUGGUCGGUACAUUGCAUCAGCCCAUGUACAUAUGUAUUACUCAGUUUUCCCUGACAGGGGCAAAUGCAUUUUUAUGUACAGAGAAGCAAUGCUCUCCAUAUGUUUUGAUAUCUGAGAUGUUGAUCCUGUACAAUGUGUACAUCGAAGUAUUUGCAGUGUUUAUGCUUUUUUUACAUUUUAUUUUUUUACUUCGAGACAUGGGUGAACAGUGUUUCAAACUAAAAAGGGUCCUUGGACAGUAUCACUAGGAAAGUUAUCAGUCCACACUUCUCCAAUCAUGUAGUUUCACAUCACAGUUGCCAGGAGCCAUGUUCUACUGGCAAGAAUAGAAUGAGUUCCUCUAGAGCCUGGGUCAAUGUCCCAGAAAGACUUCAGCAAUCGAGAGGAUCACUCUACACUUUAAUUGCUGUAAGUAACCCCAUAAGCAAACAGGAAAUGAUGCAGAAGUAUUCACCCAUCCAGAACAGGCUUCAAUUCAAACAGGCUGAGGGAUUGCCUCUCCAGCCAGGCUAGGCAUUCGGGGUACUCUGCCUCACUCAUUCUAAGCUGGAUCAACCUUCCUCGCUUGGAAUCCAAGAGAGUCACAAAGUAACCUCUUUAAGCAACCACAUCCCGGUCACAAUAAUGUAUUGAAAAGUGUACUACUCCUGUGAUCAUUAGAGGGGCCUUUCUACUCUAAUGCUGUAUAGUAUGAAUGAAGACAGACAUACACACACCCAUAGGGCAGUAUUGAGGAUGAGAAUGAAUAGUUGUACAGCUGUAGUUACCUAGCCCCACAGCCCUUUUGUAGACAUGUAUAUAUCGGAAUAUAGAAUAUACGGUGGGGUUUUCUAUGUAACUGACCCAUAGGGAUGACAGACUACCACUGACCCAGAUCCUGUCUUCUACAUAGGGACUCGAAGCGGCACAGAGGUAAACAUUAUGACCAGGUGGGGAAAGAAAUGUAAAUGUUUUAAAUACUGUACUUAAUUUUAUUUAAAAAGUAAUUUAUCAAAUAUGCACAUGAUGAUUUAAAAUAAUUAGCACAAAAGUAAUAUCCCUCAAAUUUCCAUGUGUUCUGUCUGACACAGCCAAGCCAGGUAGACUAACAGAUUCACUAAGGUUUUUUGUCUUGUCCCUCAAUGAAAACCAUAGAUAGCUGUCCCUCAAUCUCUAGUAAGGUGUCACUCUCUCCAUCCUGUGAUUGCAGAAUCCUUUGUAUAGAAUGGAAGCGGGUAAUGUGCCUAUAACCUCUGUUCAUAGGUUCUACUGUUCCAAUCCUCUAUUCAUGGUCUGGGUGUGACAUGGCCUCACUGCACCUCUCCAAUCGCAGUUCUGAUACAGACAAUGCAGAAGAGCACAACAAUCCUGUCUUAUGAGAUCUGAACGUAAAACCAGGUUUUGGACGUUUGUCCACUCUCCCGAUCCCCCUCCCCAAGGUUUGAGAAUCUACGCACUUUACGGUCUUAAUAUAAAGUGUACCUUGUAAGAAAAUAAAGUAAGUUUAAGUAUUA